AUGAAAAAAAAAGUCAUGUUUGUUGUGCCUCCAUAGUAACAUUCAUAUGCAAUGAAUAGUGAGGAGACUAAAGAAGGAUGUUAAUGUUAAAAAACGAAAUGUCUAAAAUUGUAUUGCUAAUGUUUUCAUGAAGGCAAAUGUUGUGGGGAAUAAUGUAGUUGUAGUGGUUGUAAAAAUAGUUUAACCGAUAAUUUUGAAAGAAAUAAGGCUAUUGUUAAGAUUAUUCAUAAGUAUAAGGAUGAAUCUAAGUUAAAAUUUUCAGGUGAUAAGGGUUCAGGCUGUUGUUGCAAAAAAAGUAAAUGCUAACUCAACUAUUGCGAAUGUUUUAUCAAAGGUAGAUCAUGUGGGGAUUAAUGUCAUUGCAAAAAAUGUUAAAACGGAAAAAAAUAGAAUUAAAAAAUAUGCGCAAAUCAUGAGGAUUAGAUAUAAAUAUGCCAAAAACAUCAAGCAAUCUGA